UCAAAGUCACCCUGUAUAUACAAUUGAUUUUGCUACAAACAGUUAUUGUUUGAUCAUAUAAUACACCAAUAAACGGUCACAGAUGCUGCCGGGAAUUCGCUGACGACCUUGCGAUGAUAGUGACUAGCAAGGAAAUAGAUAUACUUGGCACAGGGAAUCAUGACAAUUAGGUACCAUCUGGAUGGAAGAAAAUGCCUUGACAUCAGCUCCUGAGAAGACAGAAAGAAGUAGUUAUAAUUUCGGGCAGUGACGCUACGUUGUGACUUUAGUUAAUUUAUGUCACUGUCACAUACAGACAUGCCAUAACCUUCAGUUCAAGAACAUCCCAUCAAAAUCUUCGUCGUCGUCGUCGCAUCAAAAACCACAAGAACUAUGUCGAGUGAGGAGCGUCCAAAUCAAAGUAGGUAAAUGGGUACAUAUUUGAGAUGCGGUAUUUGCGGACUAAAGGUACCAGUCGAUCCUCACUGCUGCGUGUGCCCAUUAGGUGACCAUUUCAUACAAGAACAUCCGGAUGCUGGAGUCAAUUUCUACACCAACGAUAAGGAGAUCCAGGACAGGGAAGUACGCAAACGGGUUAACCCAUUGAAACAGCUCUUGGAAAAAUAUCAACGCUUCGAGUGCAGAGGAAAAAUAAGGCAGGCAUACGAAAAAACAUUAUCCAAAUUGAAAUAUCCAUGGGAUGGCACUGUGCAGAAUUUCGACAAUGUAUCAUGUUCCCGAGCGAACUGUCCAGAACUCAACAACAAAACCUACAACGAUCUACACAUCCCAACGUCGUUCAAAACAACAGUCGAAUCUUGGAGCAGCAGUACCUUGAAAGUGAAGUGUCCCAAAUGCUCCGUUACCGACCGGCCGCGUAUCAGAAGACAAAAGAUCAAAGUUGCCACUAGUCCCGUCGGUGCUUUUUGCUUGAACGCCUGUUGGCCCAUCUGCUUCAUGCCAUUCCUCAUGUCCAAGCCCAGCACUUUGGACAUCUACUGCAGACACUGCGGAUUCUUCAUGGGGGAGUACGACAGGGCGACUGGAAGAUUGCUGUGCAGAUGUAAAACAGAAGGAAAGGAACUAAGUGGUGGUUAGCUGGUGAAGUUGUCAUUUGUAUCCCUUAACUAAGUUGCCAUCAAGUAUUAUAUCAUGUCUCUUUUUCAAUUAUAUGCUUUUCCGCACGAGUAAUUACAUAUCAAUUGAUAACUGACCAAAGGCGUCAAAGACUCAAGGCUACACUUACGAUACUUGCGUAGUUCGUUUCAGUAUUUGGUUGUUUACAGGAACCAUUUCCAUAGAUUCAGCUCCCUCACAUAUACCUACGCAAUUUGCCACUGUACGCCCAAGAUUCGUUUUGUUUUAGAGACUCCUGAACAUUAAAAAAAAAAGUUUGAGAGGUUUAAAAUCGAGGGUUGGACGUUGUAGUGAUGAAGAAUGGUAUAUCCCAUUUUGUUGGCAGCAGUAUAUUUAUACUCAUUGUUUGUACCCCA